UGUCAGUUAUACAAGUGAUAUUAAAUUUGACAGUGGUUUUUCUUGUGUUCACUUAAUUUUCGAUCAUUACGAUCAUUUACCAUCGACAGUUUAUAGAUUAUGACUUUAAUCAAAUAUAACAAUAAAUAAUUAAAGAAAAUUCGUUGAAAAUAAAAAAAAUUGUUGUAGUUUUCUCUACAUUUUUCAUCGGAAUAUUUUACAUUUGCUGCAGUGUUAUUUUUUCACUCAUCUGUGCACUAAUGGAUACGUGUGUGAAUCAAUUGACCAUGAAAAAUUAUCAAAUUGUAUUGAAUGCAUUUAGUGUACAGUAUCGAAAUUGGAGCGUUAGUCAAAUAUUUCCAUGUCGAUGGGUUUUGGCGAAACAGUGUUAUGCUGGUGAUUCCAAUCAAUUUUCGGAAAUAGUGUCCAUUCCAGCGACAAUAACUCAAAAUACAUUGUUGGCAAAUGGUCAAUAUGCAUUUUCGAUGGCAGUACUAUUGGUGAUGAUACUGUUGCUCUUUGGUCGGGCGACAAAAUCCAUCACCAAAGAAGAUUCGUUAGCAUACUUAUUCAAGGAUUUGAUGGCAUUAUUAAAAUUACUGCAUUGGAAAAAUUGCGAUUAUUCAAACAUUGCAUUCACCACCAGUUGUUUCUUAAUAUUUAUUGUGCUGUUACCAUUGCUAUUGACACUGUGGCUAUGCAUGCUGUGCUAUCGCCAAUAUAUUCAUUAUAUGAUCAAAAGAAAAUAUGGCGAUAAAUUUCGUGGAUUUUUGGAUGGUUCCGAUGCUGUUUGGGCGCUUGAAGAUGAUUUUGCAAAGAGCGUUAUAAAUAUAAUGGGAAUGGUGGAAAUCGAUUGUGAGAAACAUGUACAAAACAAAACACCAACGACAUUGUUUGACAUUGAUUGUGAUGCCGGUAACAUUCUAUUGGCAUUACGAAAAAGGCUUUCAUUACGCUUUCUCGGCGAUUACAAACCAUUUCCAAAGCUAUUUUAUAAACGAUGCAAAGAGCAUGGCUACUCAUUUUGGACCAAUGAAAACGAAUGCACAAUCGAGGAUUAUAUUCGAUUUAUGCCAAAUAUACCCGAAGCUGAAAAGCAAACCAAUAACAGGAAAUAUAUUGAAACGGCAUUCGGUGUACUCUGCAAUAUGCCAUUAAUGAAUAAUCAUUCGGCAACAUGGGAAAUUCUUGUUUCAAAACGCCAAAUUACCGAUUACAACAACGAAGGCAAUCUAACUGCACACAUUCCGGUGCUUUUCAGAAUACAUCAUUCUUUAGGCGAUGGUGUUGCAUUGCUUCGUUUAUUUUUGGAAACCAUUGCUGAUCGUGAACAAUCGAAAAAGCAUCUAUGGGCAAAUUGCGUAAGAGCCAGACAAAAGUUGAAAACAUAUUUUGAGAAUGAAUUCAAUCCGCCCGAAUUUGAGCAGAAAUUUUACAUAAAAUCGUUGCUUGCCAUGAAUGCCAGAGAAAUUCAACGUUUAUGGAAUCGCAUUAAAUUGAAUAUGCUGGAGUUUGGCAAGAAAUGUACGAUAAUUUUCAUGUCACCCGCUUCAAUUAUUCAUCAAGGAUUCUUUAAGAAGAUCGACAAAAAUGCAUUGCAUCAACAUAAAUUGACGGGCGAAAAAAUUGUUUGCUGGCGCUUUGAAACUGACGAUGAUCUUAAUCUUCUCGACACUAUGAAAUCAAUCAAACGGAAUUUUCAAGGCGUUCGAUUUUCCGACGUUUUGCUCUCGGCUUUAUCGAUUAGCUUCCAAAAUUAUUUCGAAUCAAAAGGAAACCAUAUACCAAACACAAUGACAGCUGUAUUACCAGCACGAAUUGAAGCUGAAGGUGCACAGCUUAAGCUUCAAAAUAAAUUUUCGGUUGGACUGCAAACGUUACCGAUUCGAGGAAAACGAUACCCAAAAAAUCAAGCAUCUCAAUUCCACGUCAAACUGAUGGAAGUUAAGAAAUACUCGGAUCUAUUGCGAAAUUCUCCCGAUUAUUAUGUAAACUAUUGGAUAAUGUCAUUUCUAACGGCGUUGUUGCCCGAAUCGAUGUUGACCAGCCUGACAGAGAGCGUUCACAGUACGAUUGCAGUGAGUAAUUUACCAGGGCCGCAAACGAUAACAUACAUAAGUGGUUAUCGAAUAAGUAACAUGACCUUUUGGUUGCCACACCGCGGUUCCACUGGUAUCGGCAUUUCAAUUUUAUCAUAUGGUUAUAAAUUGCAACUUGGUUUGAUUGCCGAUCGAGCUGUGAUUUCGAAUCAAUUCGAUGCUCAACGAAUAUUAGAAAAUGCUGUUAACGAAAUUCGUGUGGCCUCAAAAAAACACAAUCUCAAACGAAACAGUGUCGCCUUUUGAAAAGUUAAAAAAAUAAAAAAAAAUAAACACAAAUUUAUGCCCAUACGUUGUAAGAAUCGUACGUAUAUUUGAAUAGAGAACACAGGGAAUUUGAAUUCGUUUGUAAAAGGCGUUUGGUGUAUUAAACAUAAUUUUCUUUUCCUA